AUGAACGGUUUCAGCCGUAUUCGAUCAACAUUGCGUCGCACGAUUUUCUCAUCAAAUGGAGCCAAUACAAGUCCGAAUACAGCACGGCGUGAAGAUUUUCCCAUAUUGAGUCGUCAUUUAUCAUCCUAUGAACGUUUCGAUUUAUCAACGGGUAGUCAAGGAGCAUCAACAGCAUCUUUACAAAAUAUAAAUUCCAUUAAUAACUCAUUACCACAUGCGCCAGUUAUUGAAACAACCAAUGAAGGAGUUGAAUUUCUAUCGCAUAAUUCUAAACGGACUCUACGUACAAUACCAGGAGUAUUUUGUCCUAUUGCUUUAUCAAUGUUUUCAAUAUCAUUAUUUAUGCGUAUUGGUUUUGUUGUUGCAUAUGCUGGAAUUCUACAAGCAUUACUACAGCUUGGUCUCUGUUUUCUUAUACUUUUUUGUACGUUAUUAAGUGUUUGCUCAUUGGCAACAAAUGGAGCUAUUGAAGGUGGUGGCGUCUAUCAUAUGAUAUCGCGAGCAUUGGGACCGGAAUUCGGUGGAUCAAUAGGCGUUCUUUUUUUCUUUGCGAAUGUUAUCGGUAAUGGUCAAAGUGUUGCAGCUCUUGUUGAAGCUUUAGUCGAUAGCUUUGGACCAGGAAGUAAAGCAAGCGCUUUUCAAGAUUCUCAUUGGUGGAGAUUUUUAUAUGGAACAAUAAUUAAUAUUAUAAGUCUUAUCACGUGUUUGUUUGGUUCAUCAUUAUUUUCUAUGGCAACAUUUUUUAUAUUUAUUCUUGUUAGUUUUGUUUAUCUUAUGGUUGUCGUUUCAUUUUUCGUCAAAGGUUCACAAGAUGUAAUCAUACCAAAAGUUAAUGCAUACGCCUAUGAACAUCCUCCAUACGCUAUAAAUGCAUCUGACUUUCUCUAUGGACAUUAUACAGGUUUUAGUGCUGCAACAUUUCGAGAAAAUACCUAUGCUAACUAUACUAUUGAUUAUACAACUGGUGAUGUAAUGAAUUUUGCGACUGUUUUCGGUGUACUCUUCUCGAGUAUAACUGGUUUAUUGGCUGGAGCUAAUAUGUCAGGAGAAUUGAAGCGACCAAGUCGAAGUAUUCCAAUUGGUUCUAUUGCUGCUAUAUUUUUUGUAUUUUUUAUAUUUAUUACUGAAACAUUACUCAUGGCAGCGACCACCGACCGUUAUACAUUGACUAACAAUUAUUUAUUUUUACAAGAUGUUAAUAUUUGGGCACCAUUUGUAAUUAUUGGAAUCAUAGCUGCAGUGUUUUCCGCUUGUUUAUCUGGACUUAUUGGUGCAUCGAGAAUUUUAGAGGCACUAGCAGUAGAUGAAAUUUUUGGGUCAGUACUUAGUUGGAUUCGUGCUGGAACAACUCGUCACGGUAAUCCAUGGGCUGCUGUUAUAUUUACGUUUAUACUCGUGCAAUUAACUUUAUUCAUUGGUUCAAUGAAUAAAAUUGCACCGAUUGUAACCAUAUUUUUUCUUCUUGCCUAUUUUGCGGUUAAUUUAUCCUGUUUGGCACUUGAUUUAGCAUCGGCGCCAAACUUUCGACCAACAUUUAAAUAUUUUUCAUGGCAUACUGCUUUACUAGGUGCUGUAGGAUCGAUCAUCAUGUGUUUUAUAGUAUCCGCUGCUUAUGCUUCUAUUGCUAUUGGAAUUUUAAUCGGUUUUAUUUGUAUGCUACAUUUAAGAGAUUUCCCCCGAGCUUCAUGGGGUUCAAUUUCACAGGCUCUUAUAUUUCAUCAGGUUCGAAAAUAUCUUCUGCUACUUGAUCCACGUAAAGAACAUGUGAAGUUUUGGCGACCACAAAUGCUAUUGCUUGUUGCUAAUCCACGUUCAUCUAUUAAUCUAAUUGAUUUUGUUAAUGACAUGAAAAAAGGUGGCCUUUUCAUAUUAGGUCAUGUUAAAACAGGACAAAUGGACACUGGCUCAGCUGAUCUUUGUUCACAAGAAUAUCCCUAUUGGGUUGCAUUAAUAGAUAAUAUGAAAAUCAAAGCAUUUGUUGAUAUGACAUUGGCACCAACGAUUCGCGAUGGUGUGCUACAAUUAAUGCGAUUAUCAGGAUUAGGUGGUCUUCGUCCAAACACGGUUAUUCUUGGCUUUUAUGAUAGCGCUUUGCCCGAAGAUAAAUUACGUAAUCGUGCAUUCUUUAAACGACGUUGGCUUAAAUCUAGCACACCUGUCAAUCCAAUGACUGCACCAACCUUUCAUCAACAACCAAUAAUUCAAUCGGGUGUUAUGGAAGGUGCUAGUACGAUAACAUUGCAUUCUUUUAAUAGUUCAGCUGCAAUCAAUGGCAAUGAUAUGUUUCCUAUAUUUAAUUUUGGAGAAUUACGCCAGGAAGACGAAGAUAAAGAACUUGAUGUUUAUUCCUAUGUUCAAAUUAUCAAAGAUGCACUUAAUCUAAAUAAAAGUAUAUGUCUGGCACGAAAUUUUCAUCAACUACAAAAAGAUGAUAUUGAAGUAAAUAAACGAAAAGUUUUUGUCGACAUUUGGCCAGUUAAUUUUAUCUUUCCGGAAACUUCCACUCAAUUCGAUGUUACAUGUCUUUAUAUGCUUCAAUUAGCUACAAUUCUAUCGAUGGUCAAACCAUGGAAAACCCGUGCUACACUUCGUGUUUUUCUAUGCAUUGAUGCAAUCAACGACAAUGCACUUCGUACUCAACAACAUCUCGAUGAACUACUCAGUCAACUUCGUAUCAAUGCUCAAACACGAAUGAUCGCUUGGGAAAAUGUAACAAGUCUAUUAAAUAAUACAUCAACAAUAAACGAUAGCGCAGCAACAAUACCAGUCGAACAACAAGCAACAACAACAGGGAUCGCAGCGGCAACAACAAACUCAUUUAUUGACAUAAGCGAUGUUUAUGUUCGCGGUGUUAAUGAACUUAUUCGACAACAAUGUGACAGUACAUCAUGCCUCUAUUUAUAUUUACCUCGGCCACCGAAAGAUAAAAACCUUUCGCCACGCUAUAUGCGCGUUCUCGAUCUAUUGUCACAUGAUCUGCCACCUGUUAUGUUUGUACAUGGUGUUUCAUCUGUGACAUGCACUCAAUUAUAA